UUAUCGUCAGAAGAAAAAGAGAACUUGAAGCCCGUAAUACCUCACUGUGAGUCAGCAGAUGAAGUUAUCGAAGAUCAAGUGAUAGCCGCAAGAUCUUAUAAAUAUAAUGCUCCACAGCGUCUUACACCCCUGCUAAACAUUUUGACCCCAUUCGCUAGAUCUAAAUUGUUAUACGAACUUAAACAAAUGCGUUUUGCCUACGUGGAAUAUGAAAGCGGUGAUUGGUUGUUUAUGGUUGAUCGCGGACAACAUUAUGAAGUUGAUAUAAGCAUUUGUCAAUGCAAUUGUAGCACGUUUAUGAUGUGCCGAUAUCCCUGCCGUCACAUGCUACUUGCCUGCGUUAAAAGACGAAAUCUUACAGCUCAUCAACUUCUUAGGUAUUGUAGCAGAUGGAAGUUACAUAAUACCCAGAACUUCCAAAAUUAUACAUUAACUGCAUUAACACGACGGAGUGAAGUGUAUAUAAGUAUUCAACGAAGUCAAAGAAUCCAUAAGCAACGCAUCAUUGAGAAGUAUGGUGAACGUUUCGCAACGGAAGUUGAGAAGAAGGUGGACAAUUAUUACUUAAGAAUUCUUAAUACCAACUUGUAAACUUGAUUUUCUGCUUUAGCAGCAAUGAUUAUUCAAUAAACUGUCAUAAUUUUCA